CUCUCUCUCUCUCUCCUCCUCCUCCUUCUUCAAACAAGUUUCUGUAAUUUUUUGGUGGGAUUCUCAUAUUUUAUGGUGCUAUUGAAUAACAACAUAUAAUGAUUGAAGAGAAGGGAACAGAACCAUUUCGAGCAUCUUGGGUUUUGUCUGGUAAUUAAUGGCACGCGAUAAACCCAAGAGGCUCUACCAAGUUUGGAAGGGAAGCAAUAACUUUUUCUUUGGGGGGAGAUUAGUUUUUGGUCCUGAUGUUGCAUCUCUUACUCUGUCUGUGCUUCUUAUUGCUGUCCCAGCAAUGGCAUUUUGUAUAAAGGUUUAUGCUAAACUCCAACAUGUAAGUGACGUAACCAAGACGGAGGACAGUAUUUGGUAUCCUGUAUUAAUUGUUGCCUCAUUGCUCACUGUUUUGGAUUUAGCAUUUUUGUUCUUGACAUCUGGGCGGGAUCCUGGGAUAAUCCCCAGAAAUUCAAAUCCUCCUGAAUCAGAUGAAGCAUUUGAUGUAGCUACCCCAUCCAUGGAAUGGGUUAAUGGGAGAACUCCUCAUCUGAAACUACCACGAACAAAAGAUGUCAUUGUUAAUGGUCACUCGGUAAAAGUGAAGUACUGUGAUACUUGUUUGCUUUAUCGGCCUCCCCGUGCAUCUCAUUGUUCUAUCUGUAACAAUUGUGUUCAGAGGUUUGAUCAUCAUUGUCCAUGGGUUGGUCAGUGCAUUGGAAUUCGUAACUAUCGUUUUUUCUUCUUGUUCAUAUCAACAUCAACCAUACUGUGCAUAUAUGUGUUCUCCUUCACUUGGGUGAACCUUAAUGAGAAGAAGAAUAUUUGGACAGCUAUGUCAAAAGAUAUUCUAUCAGAUCUCCUUUUAGUUUACUGCUUCAUUGCUGUCUGGUUUGUGGGUGGCCUUACAAUUUUCCAUUCCUACUUGAUAUGCACCAACCAGACGACGUAUGAGAACUUCCGGUAUCGUUACGAUAAAAAGGAGAACCCAUAUAACAAAGGAGUGAUUUGGAACUUCAUAGAAACUUUUCUCUCCAGAGUUCCUCCAUCAGUGAUUAGAUUCCGAUCAUUCAUUGCGACAGAUGAACAGGGAAUUGUUGAAUCCGUAACCCCAAAUCUUGGUGAAGGUAUUAUGAGCUCAAAAGAGAAACUUGAUGUUGAAAUGGGAAGUGGGAUAGUGGAUGACAAUGGCUUUGCUAUUCCAGAUAUAUCGCAAAAUGUUGAAUUUGUUGAUUAUGAGGAAGAUUUGAAGAAUAUAGGGGAAGAGCAACAACCUGCUUCGUUUGAUUCUUUUCAACCAGAAGCAAAAGAAUCAACGAAAGACUCGAUAAAUAGAGAUGAAAGUACAGAAUCUGUGCAUAGCUAUACUAUAUGGAAUGAACUAAGAGAAUCUACCAGGAGUACUAUUUCAUUGGAUGGAGCGAUUGAGAGAGGUGAUUGUGAAAACAGAUGUCAUAAAACCUGA